AGCCUAGUAGUUGCGUUCAGAAGAGCCAAAGGGAAUUUUUAUACUUCAUUAUUAUCGAGAGCUCUAAUUUGCACACCUACCUAAAGUAGUCUUUAUUUUUAACUCGCUUUUAUCCAUACGAUACCCUUAUUCCCUAGGCCUACGUUGCAAGAGGAAAAAAAAUUGGUUUUGCCCUCCUCUCCUCUGUCGCCGUCUUUCGACUGCCGAUGUCUACAUUGCAUGAGGAGUAGUGGCAGCAGCCAAGAAAGGAGCCUACGUUACCUUACUAGCCUUGCCGUUGCCGCUUAAUAUUACCCAGUAGAUUCAUCCGUCGCUAGACAAUAUUCCCGAGACAAUUUGAAUAAAUUAUCACCCCGCUGUGCGGCUGCGCAACAUCACACUCGUUCUCACCUAAAGCGGGCUACCGGACUCACGCACACGCGAAUUACGCAGAUGGCUAUGGAUCCUACACCGAGUCAUCCGACCUCUUCCGGGUCCGCUCCCCUCCGGAUACCUGAGCUAGCCGCCACCACGUCAUCCUUCACUCCCGGCCAUUCCGCUUCGGAACCAUGCGUAAUAGACUCGCCGGUAUCGCCGGCCUCGCCAAACGCCUUCGCGCGGUUCGAGUUCGAGACCGGCCGCGGAAACGACGGGUCCAAGAUCCUCAUGGUGGAAUGGGAUCCUGCGCCGUCGGGCGAGGACGGCUGGGUCGUGGCGUGGGAUGCCAAGACGACGACAUUUCCCGUCAUCGAGAAAGUAGAAGACGACGACGACGACGACGGGGGAAUCAUCGAUAAGGAAGGACAGCGCCGGCAACGCGUCUACUUCCUAUUACCUUCCGACGCCACGGUGCCGCCCGCGGUAACCAUUUCCCACGCCGGCUCGGGCCGGACGCUAACGGCGAAAGCGAUGCCGGCCAUAUUCGCGCCGGGGCUCGGGAUCGGAUCCCGCGACGCGGGCCGCCGCGGCGUCUUGCACACGAUAUGGGCGCGGCUGCGCGCCGGACAGCUCCAGGACGAGAUACGCGCGGAGCUGCGCGACAACAGCGAGAGCGUGGGGCUCGAGAUGGCCGUCCAGGAGCGUCUUUGGAUCAUCGAUCAUUUCGGCCUCGACGACCUCCGGGUCCCCGACACCAAUCCCAACGUCGCGGAUGCCGGUUCUAUAGCCCAGUCGCCGCCGCAGAGCCCGCGCUCCCCGGUCGGCGGCCGGUUAGGCGAGAAGCUGAAGGGGCUGAAAUUGGCGACUUCGCCGUCGGACUUGGCCAAUCAUUCAGGCGCCCACUACUCGCAUCAACGCGACCCGUAUAUUCCCAGGCGCGACCCGCCUCCCCCGGGCAAGAAAGACGGGCUGGCGAUGAGAACGGGCGCGGACGCGGGCAACGUGGCUUCCCUCGACGCCGUUCUGGGCGGGAACAAGCAGACGGCUGCGCCGCCGCUGCCAUACGCGGUCCAAGCCGCCAAAGAGACGGAAGACGAGUUGUUCGCGCUACCCAUGAGCCCGCGCAGCCCCGAUAUGGGGGCCAUAAGCCCGUUCAGCCUUUUAAGGUAAGGCAAGGGAGGACGGGGCAGGACAGGACAGGACAGGGCAGACAGAUAAGCGAAGGAGGAGGACAGGG